AAUGACAUAAUGAGGAGUCUGGCGCUGCUGCUGGGAGUGAAAGCCGCCUGCAUGCUUCUUGUGUCUUCGCUGUCGGGGACAGGGGCCGUGAACAACAGCGGCCGGUGGUGGGGUAUUGUCAAUGUGGCUUCCUCAUCCAACCUUCUCACCAAUUCCAAGAACGUGCAGUUGGUCCUGGAUCCGAGCCUGGCUCUUCUGAGUCGUCGCCAGCGCCGGCUGAUUCGGCAGAAUCCUGGCAUCUUGCAUGCCAUCGCUGCUGGGCUGCACACGGCCAUAAAGGAGUGCAAGUGGCAGUUCCGCAACCGGCGCUGGAACUGCCCGACCACCCACAGCCCAGCGAUUUUUGGCAAAAUUGUCAAUCGUGGUUGCCGAGAGACAGCAUUUGUGUUUGCCAUCACCAGCGCAGGAGUCACCCAUGCUGUGGCUCGAUCCUGCUCAGAGGGGGCCAUUGAGUCGUGCACUUGCGAUUAUCGCCGCCGAGGUCCCGGUGGGCCAGACUGGCACUGGGGGGGCUGCAGCGACAAUGUGGAUUUUGGCCGGAUGUUCAGUCGUGAGUUUGUGGACUCCAGUGAGAGGGGGAGAGAUCUGCGCUAUCUCACCAAUGUGCACAACAAUGAAGCUGGGAGAAUGAUCGUAUCAUCAGAGAUGCAUCAGGAAUGCAAAUGCCAUGGCAUGUCAGGCUCCUGCACUGUGCGCACCUGUUGGAUGCGCCUACCCAGCUUCCGCACAGUAGGAGAUUUCCUUAAGGACCGCUUCGAUGGCGCAUCUAGAGUUGUUUAUGCCAACAAGGGCAGCAACCGUGCCUCUCAUCGCGCCGACCCACGACAUCUGGAGCCUGAGAACCCAGCUCACAAACCCCCCUCUUCCAUGGACCUAGUCUAUUUUGAGAAAUCACCCAACUUCUGCUCUUACAAUGGCAAAACUGGCACUUUGGGAACUUCUGGAAGAACAUGCAAUAGCUCUUCUCCAGGCCUGGACGGAUGCGAAUUGUUAUGCUGCGGACGUGGGUUUAAGACUCGGACCGAGAGCGUGACCGAACGUUGUCACUGCACGUUCCACUGGUGCUGUCAUGUCAGCUGUCUGAACUGUACUAGUACACGAACGUUACACCAGUGUCUAUGAUGAAGGCUGGACAUCUGAGCGUGGAGGGCGAAAGGAACUUUUUUCAACAAAACAGGUUGUUAGUAAAGAGAAUUACAGGCACACAAAUGGUUUGAGGCGUUAGAGUCUAGGAAAACUUCAAAGCGGGUAAACUAAUACAGGGAACUUUCUGGCACAAAAAUUCAAUAAGUGUUUGGGAAAGUAGGAAAAAGCACAAAUAUGUAAACAGGGUACCCAAUAUGUGAGUAUGUGUGCUUGCUCUUCACCUUUAAAGCUUACGCUUCACAAGUAUUUAAAAGUUGCAACAUUUAAUGUAGAUUGGGGAUAAUUCUCAUGCCUUAAAUGUUUACACUGUGGAUAAACAGACUUAAAACGACAAAAGAAAGAGGUGGAGAGCUGAUCACAGUAACCAGGUACUUCUAGAGUCUUGUUUACCCCCACCAAGGGCAGGAAUUGGGCAGCUGCUUCUGUGGCCAAAGAAACAGCUAAUGAAGUUAUA